AUGCCGCAGCAAGAACCCCCGGUAGUAGACAACCCACGCUUGCAUAAGCCUCAGAUGCGUGACAUUCACCAACCAUUGCACAACAGUAUUCCGCCAGAGCUGGUCGAUCGCUAUGAUCCAGUCUAUGUAGAGCACUACAACAAAUACAACGCUGGACGUCUUCAUACCCACGAAGUCCCAAUUGAAGAAUUUCGAAAGAAUCCCCGUCGUUACCUGAUUCUAUACGGUCGUGCCGAGGGCCCUGACGUCUGUCGAAUUACAGAGCAGAAAUGCCCAGUGAAAGGAGGGGAAAUCACUGUCCGCAUAUUUGAACCAUCUCCCAAGCUGGACGAUCAGGGCAAACAAAAGAAACGAGGAGCUUAUGUCAAUUUCCAUGGCGGCGGAUGGGUAUUUGGCGGUCUCCAGGCGGAUCACGACUUUUGUAAGACUCUUGUCGAUGGACUCGCUGGAGAUCUUGUUGCAUUUGAUGUGGAUUACCGAUUGGCUCCUGAGAAUCCUUUCCCGAUUCCCGUGGAGGAUUGCUGGGCGGCUUUCAAUUGGAUCAGAACCAAAAAGGCAGAACAGUUUGAUCUUGACAUUAAUCGGUUUGCUGUUGGUGGGCCAUCUGCUGGUGGUCACCUCUCAGCUGUUAUUGCUCAUAUGUGUCGAAACGAGGGAAUUCCUUUGGGACUACAAGUGUUGACUGUUCCCGUAUGCGAUAUGCACCAAAGCUUUACACCAGAAGGUGAAUUCGAUCGAGAGAAUUGCCCCUAUGAAUCUUAUAAAGAGAUGGAAUUCGCUCCAGCGCUUCCAAUGGCUCGUAUGGCAUACUUUCAUCGGAGCUUUCUAGGCGUUCCUCGACCUGCACCUUCAAAAGAUGAUUGGAAAAUCUCCCCUAUCCUUGCCCCCAGCUUUGAAGGGUUAGCUCCAGCUCUGGUCUCCACAGCUGAACUCGACCCUCUCCGAGACGAAGGUGAGGCAUACGCAGCUAAGCUUAAAGAAGCCGGGGUUUCGGUGGAGGUAAAACGAUAUCCAGGGGCACCGCAUACAUUCGCUGGUAUGGACAGGAUUCUUGAAAUUGGGCGACAAUACAAUGCAGCAGUAAUUGCGGCGCUCCAACGGACGAUCGGGGCAUGA